AUCUGAAUUAUUAUUAAGAUUUACGGUGAAAAUAGUUUCCAGGUGAUACGUUUAAUAAUAUAAUGAUGUUUAACGAUUGCAAUUAUAAUUAUAAUAUCCAUUUAUUCUAAAUUUAACCGAGAUUUAUAAAUAAUUAAUCAAUUAUUACAAGACUUAUUUUCAAUACUUUUCUCUCGUAUAUUUAUAUUGACCGAUUAAUGGACGAUACCUCUUUUUUUUCUAUUGCUUUUUCCGAGAAACAAUUUGGCUUAGGUGAAGCCAAAACUUAAAUGAACAGACAUCUAGAAUGUGGCUAUUUCUAUUCAACGAAUAUGGCUAUUUGUACAAGGCUAUUUCUAUUCGAUGAAAUCGAAUAUUUCCUCAAGUCACAUAAAUCAAACACUUUUGACAAAGUAGUUCUAUUUGCAGUUUUACGUCAACUGUUAGUAUUUAACAUCUUAUAAAAAUUUAAUAUCACAAAACUGAAAUUAAUGAACUCCAUGAAAAAAAUCCAAGAUAUAAAAAAACAAUAUAAAAUUCCUAUAAACUAAACUUCCUAUAAACUAUAAACAUCCUAUUAUUUAUUUUAUUCUAAAAAUCACGAUCUAUUAAUAUUUACAUACAAUGAUCUUUCGAUUCAUAUUGAAAUUACGUAAGCGUUAUAAAAAAUUUAUAAUUCAACAUUCCACAUUUAAAACGAUUGAAAAUCCAAAGAAAAAAAUCUAUAAAAGAGAGCACGAAUUUUUAAAAUUUAUUACUGAUGAAAUUAAUUUUAUUUCCGGUACGAUCAUCGCGUGAUGACGUCUAGCUAUUAAUAAAGACAGCUAAUUUUAUCAUUGAUUGGUCAUAUCGAUUAAUCACCCAAAGUAUCUCAGUGUCUCAUCGGUCGAACGUUCAAGGGAAUGUCCUGUGAUCUAUAUAUUUAUUUAUACGGAAGAGUAAAUAAAAAAUCACGGAUUACACGCGUGAUCGAACGCGAAUACUUUUAUUUUUCUUGGCUUAAGUCUCUUUGAAACUUAUAUUUGAUAUCAAAUGAUCGAUAUAUUCUACUUUUUACUAUGAAACUCACGUGCUACAAAGAAAGAAAUAAUAUUUUUCUUAUUAUUAUCUUAUUAUUAUCUUCUAAUAUAUAAUCUAAUGAUAUAUUCUUAUUAUUGUCUUAUAAAAAACAAAAUAAUAUUUAUAAAAAAAUGAUUGUAUAAUUAUAUUUGAAAAUAUGAAAAUAUGAAAUCAUUAAAAAUAACAAAAUAUUGUAGUGAAGAAAGAAAUGUUAAAAUCUAUGUAAAAAUGCUAUGAGAAAUAAGACAGAAAAAUGAUUAAAACUAACAUAUCCUUUUAUUUUUAUUUGUAAAAUAAUUUGCAAAAAAUAUGAAUUUUAUCAUCUAAUUAUUCUAAAAAAUAUUUCUUUAAAAAGAUUAUUGAUAAAACUUUUAAUUAUAAAAUAAUGAUUUAUAAUAAACAUAUACCUAUAUUAUCUAUCUAUAUUAUUGAAUAAAUAUAAAUAACAAAAAAUAUAUAUAUUACAUUUUUAAAGAAAUAAUAUCAUUAUUACUGCAACUUUUAAUUGAAAAGAAUACCACAUUACUUCCAUAAGAAAAUCAACGAAAUAUGAAACGAAAUCUUAAACAAUGUCGUCACGUUUUGGGUCAAUAAUUGAGCUGAAUAUCGCAUGCACAAACAGUGCGCAAUCCUACUAUUAAUAAACGUCGUUCAACACCGAUCAGUCACGAUCUAAUUAUUAGUCGAGAGGUGCUGAUUGGCCGUUCCCAAUGUAGCAAUCAUAAGAAAAAGCUACAAAAGAUAGCAUCGCGUUUGACCGGCCCAAUUUUUCUUAACCGUUUCGUUGCAAGUGUCACCUCCGAUUGUACGACUAUGAAAGACACGUAGAUGUUGGAUGAAACAUUAACAAUACCCACACAAAAAAUUUAUAUCCCUCAAAGUAAAAAUUUCGAAGAAAUUUAGAAGGAAUUUAUCGGUGGUCAAUAUUUCCUAAAGAAGAUCCAUAUUUCUAUUAUCAUAAUAAGACAGAACUGAGAAAAAGAAAAAUCGAAAUACAUUAUUAUACGAAAAAUUAUUUCAUUCGUAAAAAAAGAGUCAAAAAUUUCAGUGCAGAGAACAAUACAUCUCUGCCAAAAACCAAAAAUUCUCGCAAAAAAAUCUACUUAAAGAAAAUAAUAAAAAAAAAAACCAACGAAUCUAAAAACUAAAGUUUAGAAAAAUAAGAAGGAAAAAUGGCAAGCUACAUGCCCCCGUUGCACGUUCCCUUGGAGACAAAAUGGAAGCAUUGGCCCACUUAUAUCUACGAUAAGAACUACGGUUAUGGGAUCAAUUACUAUCAACCGUUGCUGGAUCACAUCGAUCGUGAAGGUCGACCCUCGUCGUUACCAAGAUAUCGCAGGAGAUCGGAACCACCGGAAUUACCAUGGUCGGAUGGAAGGCUUUUAUGGGAGGACAAACCCGUGGAACCGUAUUCGAGACACGAACUGAUCAAGCGGGCAAUCGACGCGGAAGACGAGGCCAGGGAUCAUCUAACCCAUUUCAAGAUAGCGAAUCGGUCGGACUUCAGUUUGGCCAAAACUGCGCAAGCCAGCCACGUGACCAGAGAGGUGUUUCCGCGGAAAUUGGAGGAGAUCAAGUUGAAACCGUUACCUCUGCUCGUUGAGAGUGCUCGCGCCAAGGCUAGGGCUAGACAACUGCAGCGUGAAAUGGCAGACAUCGAUUUCCAAUCUCUGAGAGACGCUCGAACCCUCUCCGAGGUAGAGAACGCUUUGGAAUUUGGGAAAAGUCUUCGAGGAAAAUCGGCGAGAGCGAUCGGAUUCCAUUUGACGGCCGAGGCUUAUAAAAAUUUGAACAGGAGUAAGGAAUUGGCCGAUAUCAGAAAAUAUCAGAAGGAGUGUGCCUCCUCGAGUUAUUGCUGGGAUACCAGGGAACAUUUGAGGCACAUAGAGGAGAGAACGAGGAAUCUACUCGACGAGGACAGGCUCGCCGAACCAUUGGACAGCCUGAGCAGGGAGCUGAAAGGAUACGAGGAGAAGUCGAGCAGCUACUUCCUGGACAAGAGGUAUCGACACCCGACCAGACCGAGACGAUUGUACGGAUGCCUGGGAAUCAGGCCCGCUUAAAAGGAUGGAAAUUCUAGUAGAUUAGAUACCUAGCCGUGUGGGUAAGAGUAAUGUGACACGGACCAAUGGAAAGAAUAAACAAUAAAUAUGAGAGAAUCGA